GAGAUAUGAAACAAUGAGUGUAAAUAUAGUUUUUGUUCUCCUUUCCAAUUUUUUAAUACGCAGUAGUGCAUCCACGGAGAGACACAAAUCAUUUGCUGAAGAGUGUUUUGAAACACAAUCUUGGUGUUAUUACUUACUACUAUUACCUUCCACCUUACCAGUUGCUAUCGCAGCCAUCUGUCUCAAUCGUCUAGGGUUACGUUUCUUUCGACACAACUAGAAGAUGAUCAUCAGGACAUGAAAGAUGACACAGACAUCAGAUUUCGUAAAGCUAUUCAGGUCUGACUUUGCAUUGAUUUGUAAUGAAAAUUCAAAAGAUUCUGUGGAAAUUUCCAAACAACUUCUAGACUUAUUAGAACAGCAAGAGUUGAAAGGGUACUUGCGAAGUAGAGAUGCUAAAGAGAUCAACUCAUUGGAUCAGCAUUUUGCUGCACUUCAAAAUAGUAAAUACAUCCUCACAAUUUAUGACAAGGAUUUUAAAAAGGAUAACUUUGCCAUAUAUACCCAAGAGACUAUAUUUCGAACUUUGGUCGAUUCAGGAGAGUUACCACGGUUUAUUCCUAUUGUCAUUGGUGUCCAAAGACGAGACGUCGUACCAAGCUACAUCCCUAAUUUUUGUUUGGAGUUUGGGGACAAUUGGCAAGCAGACAAUAAACAGCUUGAGAGACUCAAAAAUACCAUCCAAGCUGACAUACCCCCCUCAAUGUUCGGUUUCUAAGCUGGAACAACAUGGAAAAUAUGCAGAUCACUUUCCAAGACAUAUUGACUGGUUGUAUAAUUGGUACUGCAUGCUCCCAGUUUUACACACCUAUGGACUUUACUACUUUAGUCCUUAUAAUAAUUGGUGGACAAUGUACACCAGGACUAAGACUGAACAACAUGUUAUAUUAAAGUAUAUAGUAUUAGGAAAACUAAAAUAUGGAUUAAGAAGCUGGGUUUGUGCCACUGUCAUUUCAUACAUGAGGUGGCAGUGGCACAAAAGCAAUAUGUACAAUAAAAUAUUAACAUUAUUUUUAAUUAUGUUUAAGUAUUUUUUAUUUUGUUAAUUUUGGUCAAAAGACUGUACUA